AUGCUUGUGACCAUUCUGAUAUUGUUUCUGGCGCCACUUUCACUGGCAACAACUCACUUACCGCUAUACCGCACAAGUUCGCGGGCUCUAGAGAAGCGGAAUGGGCAAUAUACUGCCAUAGGCCUGGGUGACUAUCUGGAUAUUACGUACAAUGUUCUGGUGGAGAUUGGGAACACACGCGCCCCGUUAGUUCUCGAUACUGGUUCAUCUGAUCUUUGGCUUGCGUCUGACUCGUGUGCUGGGGAUUGUCUCGACGCUGGCAUUGCCUUGUACUCUUCCGAGCAGCUGCAGUCUACCGGUCUCGACGUUCGCUUGUUCUAUGGUGACUCGCGCACUGGCACGCACGCGUCGGGGCCUAUUGGUCUGGAAAGUGUGGGCAUUGCUAAUCUAUCACAAUCUGGGCAAGUAUUUGCGGCAAUCAACGACACCAAUUCGACCAUAUUUCAGACUAAUUCCGCGGGAAUUCUGGGGCUUGGAUUUCCUCCUAUCAGCGUCAUCUGGCGUCAACUACUGCAAGCCCAGCUCGCCUCAGCUAGUUCCCCGGUCUCCAAACGAUCCCCACUGGCUCCUUUUCCUACCAACAUUACUGCCGCCUCGAUUGGCCAGCCACCCUUCCCCUCCUUUGACUUCCUAUCAACCACACACUCCUCGCGUAAGAGGCGCCGGUCUAAUCAAUCUCCUCUAUUCUCUUCCGCAAGCGUUCUAUCUUCUUUCGCUGCUUACGGACCCCUUUUCUCUCGGCUAAUUAUGCAGCAGGCGCUGGAACGCCCGCUUGUCGCCACUACUCUACAGCGCGACACUCUGCAGAUCGGCGGAGAUGUAGGCUCUUUGUCACUUGGUGGACUGCCUGAAGGAAUUCAGGACAACCAAUUGACAUGGGUUCCCGUUCGUGCGUACAGCGUUGAUGAAGGAGGACUGCCUCCCUCCCCCGAGGCUCCAAAUGAAGUAUACCCUCUGGUUUGGGAGAUUGCGAUAGAUGAGGUCUUUUUCGAUGGCCUCAAACUUCCGCGCUCUGCUCUUGUUUCGCCUGCCAUAUCUAUCUCAGGCCUCGUCGACACAGGCAAUUCGCUGAUCCGUGGCCCUCGAGACAUUGUAAAUCAUAUUAUCCAACGCUUUGGCGGCCCCGACUAUGCGUUUGACUGCGGCGAAGCCCACAAUUUGACCUUCCAGAUCGGCAGUGUGCUCUUUCCGGUGGACCCUCGCGAUUUUGCCCAGCCUCUUCCGGCCGAUUCGCCGGGUCCUGAACGCUGUACGGCCGCUCUGGCCGUCACCGAUCCGCCUGGCAACGGAGGAUUCCUAUACAGCUGGAGCCUCGGGGAUCCCUUUCUCAAAUCUGCACUCAUUGCAUAUUACUAUGGAAACCUCACCCACCCAUCACAAGAUCCACCGCGAAUCGGGCUAUUGUCAACUGUUCCGGCGAAUGCAGCAGAUCAGCUGCGGCAGGCAACGCGGAUUGCAGUCGCCGAUGGAGGCGUCUUCCCUGGUGCAUUAUACGUGUUAUAUUCUUGGAAUAUAUAUGCUAAUUCGAAUAUUGGAAUCAAGCAAUCACGCAAGCUGCUCCAUCCGGGACGUACGUAG